AUGCGCUCCCGGCUCCUGGUGGUGCGCUUAUUGGCCGCUCUGCUGGUGACCUGGCCUGGGCUCACCUUCUUCGGGCGCCGCGGCCAGAGUUCGUCUGAUGCCGUGGAUGCGCUGGUGAAGGAUGUGCAGGCCCUGGGCAGUGCCGGGCAGGAUGCAGCCAACAUGGCUUCAGCUUUGCUCGGGGGCCUCCAAGACUCCAAGCUGUUGGCAGACAGCAGCUACGACGCGCGUCGGCGAGUUGCAAAGUUCAAAAUCGCAGGAGGCGGCGCGAUGGGUGAGUUUUUCCCAGACCUCCGGAUCUGGCUCCAGGUUCAGCUGGACAAGAAUUUGAGAAUCAGUUGGGAGAAGGCUCGAUCAGGAGCUGUUGUCCUCCACUUCUCUGGCCUCUCUUUUGCUCCCCUUCCGGGAGCACAGGAGCUAUAUUUGAAGGCCGGCUUGGACUCUUUUACGUGCCCUUCCAUCAAGUCCGUGAACCAGGAGGAGUAUUACCAGUGCCACCUCAAAAAGGCACUCGUGAUGGAAGAAUUCUGGAAAGCCAACCGGACUCUCAUCCCGAAGAACCUGCAGCACCAGUUUGCUUUCAUCGGAGACAACACGGUGAUUUCCCACCUCUCGGAACAGCUUGGGCAUGGGUUUGGCUGGUCCAUGCUCCUGGUCUUGUCAGCACCCCCGUCGACCGUCGAAACCCUCGAAUUCUCGGAGAAUGGCGUGCGAGGAACCUCUAUUCAUGACAAGAACCAGGCCGGCGCCAAGCUCUCAGCCAAGCAUGGUUUCAAAGACUUGAGCCUCAACAUCGCUAGGCCUCUCGUCGGAGAUACGCGCUUUGGUGGGCUCGUUCGCUCCGUGGGUGAGCGGAUCAUGCCAGUGGCUUGCAACUUCGGCAUCCUUUGUUCGGUCGGAGAGCCCCGAUGGCGCUCGAAAGGAAUUCGAGGAGCCGACCCGAAAGUGGUCGCGAGCCUGUUCCGCCGUCGCGGCACCAAGGGCCCGAACGGCGAGGAGGGCUGCCUGACGUGGAAGUCGAAGAAGCGUCGGCGAUGA